AUGCUCUCGCCACCAUCGCUGCGUCGGCGCUCGCGGCCGCCGUCGCGCAGAGCCCGUGUCCGUACAGCGAGGCAGAUCUUUGCCUUUGGGUCGCCGUACUGCGGGAGCGCGUCGUCCUACUGCCUCCUCGACAGCCAUUGCGCUGUCACCGACGCCUCGCUCUCGUCCGACUGCCCGAGCCCGUGGGAGUCGUCGGGCGCCAACACGCGCGUCCCGUGCGCCGACCGCGUCACCGCCAUCGGCGACAUCAGCGCCUCUGCCCGCGCCACCAACGACCUGCGCUUGGUCGUGCGCCAUAGCGAGCUCGUGUCGACAGCCAAGAUGGUGCUGCCCCAAGAGCUCACCGAGCUGACGCUGCAGUAUGCGUCGUUUCCGCAAGAAGCAGCCUUUGCGUGGCCCGUCGCGCUGAAAAAGCUAUGGAUUGAAAAGUCGGGCUGGACGCAGUGGCCGGCCAACUUGCCGGCGUCCAUUACGCACCUGCGCGUGCUCGAUCUCAACUUUACGGCGUUGCCUCCGCAGCUCGACAACCUCCAGCACGUGUACGAGAUGCCACGAUGCAUCGCGGUAUACCAACGCUUGUCAUUCUAG